GUUGAGGCCGGAGAGAGAGGGCAGAACUGUAUUCUAACUCACAAACCCAUCAUUAUUAUUAGCAAAGAAAAACCCCAGCAGCUAGCUAGCUAGCCAUGAAGAAGAACAUGGGUACUGCAGGGAAAUCUUCUUCUUGCAAUGUUCUAUUCUUCUCCUUCCUUGUCAUUUCCUCGUGCAUAUUGGGAACUCAGUCGAAAACAGUGAUCAGUUCCAGAAAGCCAUGCAAGCGUCUGGUGCUCUACUUCCACGAUACCAUGUUUACCGGCAACAACGUCGCCAACGCCACCGCGUCCAUCAUCGCUAACCCGGAUGGGACCGGACUCGGGCCCUUCAAGUUUGGUAAGACGGUGGUUUUCGACGAUCCAAUGACAACAGACAAGCAAUUCCUCUCCCCUCCAGUGGCUCGAGCGCAAGGGUUCUACUUCUACAAUAUGAAAACCACAUACAACGCUUGGUUCGCUUACUCUUUGGUGUUCAACUCAACUCAGUAUAAGGGUACGUUGAACAUUAUGGGUGCGGACAUGAUGGACGAAGCGACCCGGGAUCUCUCGGUGGUCGGAGGAACCGGAGAUUUCUUCAUGACGAGGGGAAUCGCGACGUUUCAGACCGACGAGGUCCAGGGUGCCGAUUAUUUUAGGGUUGAGAUGGAUAUUAAGUUGUAUGAAUGUUACUAGGAGGAUUAAUUAGUUGCUGAGUUGCUACUGAACUUUUUUUGUGUCCUUUCUAAUGGGCAAUUAAGUUAAGCCUUCGUUUGAAUAUGGGUUAAUAACUUGUGACGCGAGUGUACUUCUAAUGUCCACUAAAGCUCAAGCAAAUAUCGGAAAAUAAAAGAUCAGGAAAAAUUCAUCCUA